AAUCGUAGACUGUUUUAUCGAUGUGGAAUUCGGAGUUCGGUCUCGAUGCUUGCAUGAAGAUGAAUGAUUCUUUUUUUUAAUAUUUACUUGUAUUUUUGAUGUUUGAGUGAAGCUAAAAGUUAAAUAUGGGAAAAACAACAAAAGUAGUUGUUUGUGGAAUGAAAGGUGUGGGCAAAACAGCAUUAUUGGAACAACUCAUAUAUGGAAACAUCACUGUCAAGACAGAAAUUCAUCCAACGAUCGAAGAUAUUUAUGUUGCUAAUAUAGAAACUGAUCGCGGUACCAAAGAAAAAGUGCGAUUUUACGACACAGCAGGACUAGAAUCUCUUCAGAGUAAUGCAAAUAAUCAGCAGCUUCCACGACAUUAUCUUGGUUUUGCUGAUGGUUACAUUUUAGUUUAUGACACUGCAAAGCCAGAAUCCUUAGAUGUACUAUUUCCACUGAAGAAAGAUAUUGACAAAAAUAAAGAUAAGAAAGAAAUAACUGUGAUUGUUGUUGGAAACCGAACUAAAGCUGAAGAAGAAUCUCAUAGUCUGGAGAACACUGCAAGUAAGGCUGCAAAUUGGUGUACAAGAGAGAAACUAAAACAUUACGAAGUAAAUGUUAUGGACAGAGCUAGCUUGUUCGAGACAUUUGUUCAUCUAUCUUCUAGAUUAAAUCCUCCUACCAAUAAGAGUACUUUCCCCCAGCUAAGUAUGGGUAGAAAAACUGUUAAAGUAGAGGGGUCUUAAUCUUAUUCAUUUAACUUGUUCACUAGUAUUACCAAUUACCACUGACUUCUUAUAAAUAUGCUCAAAUUACUUUUAUCAAAAAUAAGUAUAUCUUGUACACGUUAUGUACUUAAAAUAUCUAUUUGCUUAAGUACUAGUAAUACUGCAUAAUGCAGUACAUAAUUUAAUCAUUUUAGAUCUGGUCUUAUUUCUUUUUGUACCUUAAGCAGUUUUGUUCCUUUUUGUACUUAAAAAUAUUUGUCGAAAAAUCAAUUAUAAGUUGCAAUCGGCUGUUUGUGUCUUGUUUCGUAAUUCCGAGGAAUUCCUUAUAAAGCGUAUAGAAGUUAUUUCUAUAUAUUAAUUCACCAUUCAAUCGGUUUUUUGAGUUUUCGCAAACAAAUGGUUGUUCCAAAUGCGUAGUCCCAUAAUUUACUGCUGAUGCCGAAACCUGGAGAAAAGUUACAUAUAAAAAUAAAUUUGUCAAGCAUUUCGAAAAUCGAGAGGAUAUUACCUAGCUCGUGAUGUAAGAAGUGAUGAUAGUUAUGAUUCCUUUUUAAGAGGUAAAAAUACGAUCCAACUUUCGGCGCACCGUGAUGUAAAUAAUAAUGAAUUAAAUCGUAACACAAGUAGCCUACGAGUAAAUUAUUUUACGUUUAAAAUAUUGUUAAUACCGAUGAUAGAUAUAAGUGUAUCAGUUGUGAUACCUGUUGCCGUGCCAGCGGAAAUAAAAUAAACCAUCUGUGGUGGAAA